UGCAGCCGCGGCCCGGAAAGUUUCCUUUUAGGCCCGAAUUGGGGGCUGCCCUGUGCGUGGGGAGCCCCGGCUCUGGGUCCCGGGCCCCCGGAGGGCGCGGGGGAGAGCACUCGGCUAUUUUGAAACUCUUGGCCAGUUCCGUCCAUUGAAGUGUAGUAAACUGAAGUUUCCAAAUCUCAAUUUCCCGCUUUUCAAGGAUAGGAUGUUUCCUGUGGCUAUGGCUUAACCUCCUCCUGUUUGUCCUUUAGUGUUCAAGUUGAAAUGUUAAUGGAGCCUUCCACCCCCAUCCUCAGUGUGGGCUGGGUUUAUGCUCUUUAAAGGUGUGGAGUAUGAAAUUACAGAUGGCAAUUAGACGCCGUGGCAGUGAAAUGAGCAUCUUUCUGAAACAAGAAUCAAAGAACAGUAAUGGCAUGCAGAGACUCCACGUGGAGAUGAGAAAACUGAGAUUCAGAAAGGUUAAAUGAUUUGUUCAAGAUAACACAACAAUCUGCUUCAUCUUGAUUCAGCAGCAUUCCAAACUGUGGUAUUUUUGGGGUUCUCUUAACGUUGCUAUGGUGCAGAAGAUUUAAAAUCAGCUGAUGUUCACAAGGAAUAGAGUCACGUGAUGUAUGAAGGGAAACAUAUACACUUCUCUGAGGUUGACAAUAAGCCCUUGUGCUCAUAUAGUCCCAAACUGUGCAAGCAACGGCGUCUCAACGGCUACGCUUUCUGUAUCAGACACGUUCUGGAGGACAAGACUGCCCCCUUCAAGCAAUGUGAAUAUGUGGCCAAGUAUAACAGCCAGCGCUGCACCAACCCCAUCCCCAAAUCAGAGGAUCGCAGGUACUGCAACAGCCACUUGCAGGUACUUGGCUUUAUCCCGAAAAAAGAGAGGAAGAAAAAGAAUGAUCCUAUAGAUGAGGUGAAGGUCAGGCACCAGAUGGAUACCAUGGCCUUUAGCCUGACAGUGCCCACGUUGGCUUUGAAGAUGCCUAAUGGACUGGAUGGCAUGUCCCUCUCUCCACCUGGGGCAAGGGUCCCUCUCCACUACCUGGAAACUGAGCUGGAAGACCCAUUUGCUUUUAAUGAGGAAGAUGAUGACCUAAAGAAAGGGGCAACUGUGAGAAAGAAGUUGCAGAGCAAGUUGGCCCAGAAUCGGCAGCGUCAGAGAGAGACAGAGAUUUUAAAAAUUCGGCAAGAGCACUUUAGUCCCCCUACUGCACCUUCACAGCAGCAGCCUCCGCAGCAGCACUCCCACCUGUCACCUUUAUCCACUUCUUUAAAACCUCCAGCGCCACUGCAGGGUUCAGUCUGCAAGUCACCUCAACCUCAGAACACCAGCCUACCAGUGCAGGGAGUGGCCCUCACCACACACACUAUAGCACAAGCAAGGCAGUUGUCUCACAAGAGACCUCUGCCCCUUCUGCCAUCCAGUAGGGCUCCCAUCUCAGACCCACCCAGGACUGACCGGGUCCUCAUGAAAGCCACCGCCUUCUCUCCACAUUUCUCUUGCAUAAGUCGACUGCAGAGACUGGUGAAACUGUGCACUCAAAAACAUCAGUUGGACACUGAUCUGUUUCCCCAUUUAGGGUUGGACUGGUCUGAAGAAAGCGGAGAAGAACUGGAGGACUCAGAGCAGGCCUCACCAUAUCAGGUUGCAUGGUCCAUCCGAGAAACCCUCAGAUACGAAAGAAACAUGUCAGGUGACGAUGAUGCGGAGAGUAGGAGCUCCAGGGUGACCCAGCUUUGCACUUACUUUCAGCAGAAAUACAAGCACCUCUGCCGCCUGGAGCGGGCAGAGUCUCGUCAAAAGAAAUGCCGGCAUACGUUUAGGAAGGCGCUGCUGCAGGCGGCCAGCAGGGAACCUGAGUGCACCGGCCAGCUGAUGCAGGAGCUUCGGAGAGCUGCAUGCAGCCGGACCAGCAUCAGGCGGACCAAGCUGAGGGAGGUGGAGCCAGCAGCAUGCAGUGGGACCGUGAAGGGUGAACAAUGCACUAACAAAGUCCUUCCAUUCACCAGACAUUGUUUCCAACAUAUCCUCUUGAACCGCUCUCAGCAGCUCUUCUCUAGUUGCACCGCCAAGUUUGCAGAUGGGCAGCAGUGCUCUGUGCCAGUUUUUGACAUUACACACCAGACACCUCUGUGUGAAGAACAUGCCAAAAAAAUGGAUAAUUUCUUGAGAGGAGAUAACUCCCGUAAAGUUCAGCACCAGCAGCAGAGGAAACCCAGGAAAAAAACCAAGCCUCCUGCACUUACCAAAAAACACAAGAAGAAGAGAAGGCGUGGACCUCGGCGGCCCCAAAAGCCCAUUCCCCCUGCAGUCCCCCAGGGGAACCUCAGCAUGCCCACCAGCGUCUCACUGCCAGUGGAGACCUCCCAGAUCCGGAGCCCGUCCACGCCCGAGCUGAGUGCCGAUGAGUUGCCGGAUGACAUUGCCAAUGACAUCACCGACAUUCCACAUGACUUGGAACUGAACCAGGAGGACUUUUCAGAUGUCCUGCCACGGCUACCUGAUGACUUACAAGAUUUCGAUUUUUUUGAAGGGAAGAAUGGAGAUCUCCUCCCGACGACUGAAGAGGCCGAGGAACUUGAACGGGCCUUGCAGGCUGUAACCUCUCUUGAGUGCCUGAGUACCAUUGGGGUACUUACCCAGUCAGAUGGUGUGCCAGUCCAGGAGUUGUCAGACAGAGGAAUGGGGGUGUUCUCCACAGGUACUGGAGCUUCAGGAAUCCAGUCCUUGAGCCGAGAAGUGAGCACGGACCUAGGGGAGCUACUGAAUGGGCGUAUAGUACAUGAUAACUUUUCUAACCUAGAGCUGGACGAGAACCUGCUCCGUUCUGCUACCUUGUCUAACCCACCUACACCCCUGGCAGGGCAGAUCCAGGGGCAGUUCUCUGCCCCAGCCAGCGUUGGCCUUACUUCUGCCACUCUGAUCAGCCAGAGUGCACUUGGGGAGAGAGCCUUCCCAGGACAGUUUCAUGGACUUCAUGAUGGCAGCCAUGCCUCCCAGAGGCCACUUCCUGCCCAGCUGCUGAGCAAGGCAGAUGACCUAAUCACCUCCCGACAGCAAUACAGCAGUGAUCAUUCACACUCCUCACCCCAUGGAAGCCAUUAUGAUAGUGAGCACGUGCCGUCUCCCUACAGUGACCAUAUCACCUCUCCCCAUACGACAUCUUACUCUGGUGAUAAUAUGGCAGCUACCUUUUCAGCAGAGAUGCCCAUCAUGGCACAGCAUUUGCUCCCAACCCAACUUGAGGUGCCACUUGGAGGAGUGGUAAACCCUAGAACUCACUGGGGUAAUCUCCCUGUCAACCUUGGAGACCCCUCUCCAUUUAGCAACCUUCUUGGCGCAGAUGGACAUCUUCUUUCCACUUCCCUAUCCACGCCACCCACCACAUCGAACUCAGAGACCACACAGCCUGCCUUCGCCACAGUGACCCCCAGUAGCUCCAGCGUGCUUCCGGGGUUACCACAGACCAGCUUCAGUGGCAUGGGGCCUUCUGCUGAACUAAUGGCCUCCACCUCUCCCAAGCAGCAACUCCCUCAGUUCAGCGCAGCCUUUGGCCACCAGCUGAGUUCUCACAGUGGCAUUCCUAAGGACCUGCAGCCCAGCCACAGCUCCAUAGCCCCUCCUACAGGCUUCACAGUAACAGGUGCCACGGCUACAAGUACCAAUAAUGCAUCUCCUCCCUUCCCCUCCCCAAAAUGAGCAGACCUGUGCUGGCAGGCAGGUGGGGAAACCCGUGUUUUCUAUCUUUGUUUCCUCUUUCACCCCUCCACCCUAUUCCUAAAGAAGAUUUAAAAAGGAUGGAUGGGGAUUAGAGGGGCUCCCCCUUCCAGUUCAACAAGUGGCCGUGCAGUGGACCUCGCUUCAGUGUUCACGUGUGCUCCUUAGCACUGGUGCUCAUUUUCUCCUGGCAGGUCCUCUUGGCCCGGUAGUUUUCUUGGUGGUUCAGCACAGUGACUGGAUAGGAUUGAUUUUUUUUGCAGGAAGUCCUAGAAGUGGAAGAUACCUCAGAUUACCAGUGCCCUUUACUAUUUCCUAGUGUGCAGAUCAGUGCUUUCCAUUCUAUAGCCAGGUUUUUCCAUAGAUGGUUCUCGAUACAAUGAUCCUAUUAACUGAGUUCCUGUGUAGGAGAUAGCAGGUGGUGUGUCGAGGCAGGUCAAAGCUCUGACUUAGCACCAACUGCCAAACACCACAGUGAGGCCAGGAUGCCAUUCCUAAUUGUGAUAUGGUUAACUAAGAAGAAAACAGUUGUCUUUUGACCGCCUGUGAGUGUGUGUGCUCCCAUUGUGUGUUUUGUGCAGUGCAGGAAGUAGCUGUUUCAUUGCUUUGUUCUUUCCCCCCCAGAAUGAACAUAGGCUCUUUUCUCCUUUCCUACAUCUCACACCCUAGUAAGGUUUGUCAUUCCCAUUGAAAACUAAAGUUUCCUGAAUGGGGGGAGGGUGUGGUGGUGGUGGUGGUGGUCUGGUUGUGUGACUAGCACAACUCUGUUCUGAUAAAGGGAAGCCCACACAGAAACGAGACGAGACACGGAAGCUGCAUCCUUGUCAGUGAUGGGGAAUGCCUUUAAAAGCUUGCUUGGAGUGACUGCAGAGCUGCCAAGGCUCCGGGGCCUGGUAGUCACUUUGCCUUUUCACACAUGCAUUUUUCCUAAGUCCCCCACUCAUGGAACACAUUUGCAAGAUGUAAUCGAAGAAAAUAUUUUGAUGUGAAAAAGCAGGAUAGGUCAGAUAGGUUUGAAAGAUGAAAUUUGUGAGCUCCUUGGUCCACCUUUUGCUUUUGCUUUUUCAUGUUUACAGUAGUGAUUCUUUGGUUAAGAUUUGUAAACUGUUGAAGAUACUUGUAGAAUCAGUGUGCCAGUUGUGAAGUGAUGUGUAAUAUCUGAAGGAUACACAUUUUAAAGUUUCUUUCAAAGCAGAAUAUGGAAAUUGACAAAAAUUUUACUUACCUUUGGUACUUUAAAGUAAUUUAAGUACUUAGGUUUAAGUACAUUUUGAAAUAGUUUUGGGAAAUUCUCUUAAAAGUACCAGGAUUUUAGGGUUAAAAAUCAUGUUGGGUAGUUUAGUAGGUUGGUGACUAUGAAGUGAUAUGUGAAGUUUCUUCUUGCUUGCCUUUCCCUCCAUGAGAAAGGUUGAGCUAGAUUUUAAAGGCAUUUCUACUCUGCUUUUGCUGAGAGGUUUCACUGUCCCUUAAGACACCAUUGGCUGUUCAUACCUGAGUCAAGUACAAUUUACAUACAUAUAUAUUUUAAAAGACAAGUAAAGAGAACAUAUCUAUUAAUGAUGUGGUACAGUAAUUCAUUUGUCAGGGACUGUUUGAUCAUAAUUCCUUCCUAAUAGGUAAAGGUUUGUUAAGUAUUUUCGUAUUUCUUCUAUGUGAUUUUUUUAUGCCAUGCUAGUUCUAACCAGUCCCUUCUUUUGAAAGCUUUUCUUUCUCUGCUUUUUAAAGGAAUGAUGGUGAUCAGCAGGCAUUAUGCAGAUAUCACGUGCCUGAGAUUAAGGAGGGAAGUGUCGCAUGACUGUAUGAAAUCAUGAUAUGCCCUAUUUUGUAUUUAUUGACGUUUUUUUUGCAGGGGGGGUCCAAAAAUAUGUUUGUAAUAUAUUUACUUUUUUUAAUAUCAUGUUAAUUAAUUGGAAGAUUUAUUUUUAAUAGCUUUGCCUUUUUUGCAGAUUGAGAAAUUUCUAAAUUAUAAAUUAUGUCACAAAGCAGUUAUAUUUGGUAUCACCAUAAAUCUCUAUUCUGAGAACAGAUAAUUUGAGCAUUUCUCACCUGUGAACCUAUGUCAGUAAGCUUUUUUAAUUUUAGUGCACUGUAAUGAAAUGAUGAUGAGUAGUUUCCUCUGCUCCAAAGUGUCAUUUCGUUUGCUAAGCUGUUUUCACAUCCCAUUAUAGUCAUCACCAGAUAACUGCAUUUCCAGUGAUUUUGUUUUGUCUCCAUUGUGUACUAAUUAAAGGUUGUAGCAGAGUAGCACAUGGACUUCCCAUCAACUCUUCUUUGACAGCUAAGGGAAAGUCCUGGGUAGUCGAUUUGAACUUUUUCUGGUUAUUUGUCUCUUAGUGCUAGCUGCUUAAAAUUCUUUAGUUGUCAAAACUGAGUUUGCAGUAAGUUGCACAUUUUAUUGUUUGCAAUUUUUCUGUUUUAUGUGCAUUUAAAAGCCCUUCUCUGCUUUCUAGUAAGGAGGCAUGAAGUGAUCAGGAAUGUUGCCAGUUACAGCUUCACACCAAAAACAUUGAGUAAACUCCCUUUUGUUUAAAUGCCCAUAAUGAUAGCUGAGCAAAGGGCAGUCUUAGAAAGUACCAGUAUAGGGUGGAAUAAUUAGCAAAAACACACUUCAAGACAGCUAUCCAAGCUUGCAAUUUGCUUUGACCUUGCUGUUUCUUGUGAGUCCUUGUUGGAAGAGAGGAGAACAUAGAUAAGCCCAGAGAUAUCCAUAUGUUUUUCUUCUAGUUAUUGGAGCAAUUUUAGUCUAUUAGUAGUAGUGGGCUAUUAAUAUGCAAAGAAAGGAAUAAAAUAUUUUUACUCCAGAAAUACAAAAAUUUGUCUUUUAAAAUAGCACUUAUUGCAAGGCAAUACUGGAAUUGAAAAUAAAUCUUAUAUAAGGUCCUACAACUAGUGGAAACUAGUUUUUUAUUCUAGUGCUCAAUGCAUGAGAAACAGUGACAAGGAAAUUUCACUGUUUCUGCAGUUCUUUGGGACCAUUUGUAAAGGCCAGUUAGAUUGUGUUACCAUGAUUCAGUUUUCAAAAUUGCUGCAGUAAACAGAUGCGUUUUGUGCUCUGAGGAUCUGAUAUUCAUGGUCUGUUAUCUGUAGCAUCUGAAGAAAAAGAUGGGCUUUCUCUCCUUCAACUGUUAAUGCCAUUUUAAUGAAAGUGCUUAAGACAUUGUUUUUUCCUCUGUAAAAAUGGCUUAGCAAUUUUCACGUCUGAGUAGGUUAUGUAGCUAGCAAACAAUUCAGGAUAGUAAAUAGCAAUUACACUUAACCCACCACUUAACAGACUAUGCAAUGGAAAAAUUUUCUGAUUAUCAUCACGUAGCUUAUAGAGCAAAAGAUUAUUUUCUCCAGUAAACCUACCUUGUGGAAUACUCCUGCUUUAUAAAUGACUUCCUGAGCAAUUUCAUGUUCACAGGCAUUGUGGUGCAUCUAGCGUCCCUCUGUGAGAAGAUUGUAAUUUAAUGAGGAACAAAUAGUAGGUAUGGAGAUCAGGUUGGAAAGUGAUUUGUUUUUCCUUAAAAUUGAUAGUACCUUCUUUAUGGUUUAAGGCUAAAGAAAAAAUAUUUUAUCUUUGCCAAAUAACUAUUUAUAAGAUUUGUUUCUUAAGUAAGAAACAAUCUUACUGGAAGGUUAGGAAUCAUCAUUUUCUAUGACUUAACACUAAGGUUUUUCCUUACCAAGGCUUGUCCUCAAUUCUUUGGUUAGGAAGGAAACCAUAUCUAUGCUAUGCACCAGUGCCCUGUCCAUACAGUUUCUAGUUACAUGAAAGAAGUUACAUUUCUUUUGACCUUUAACCUGGACUUUUUAUAAAUUGACAUUAGAAUUUGAACACACGUAAGUCUCUUCCUGUCAGUUCAUUGAUCCUGCCUGUCCUCCUUCCUGUGCUCUGGCAUCAUGGUGGGUGGUGAUGGGUGAUGGACUUCAUCAGCUGUGUCCCUUUUCUCUAACUUAGUUCAAAAAGGAUGUUGUGGGUUGGUAUUGCAAAACCAGGAGGAUGUUUAUACACUAAUUAUUUAAUAGGUUUGAAAUUCUUUAAAAUUUCUUAGGUGUGUCUAGUUUUUCAGCUUCUUCAUCCUUUUUAGCCUUUCUAAAAUUUCUAUUAAGUUUUAUUAUUAAUCUGGUAUAUGUAGAAUAAUAGAAUGGUUUGCUGAAUAGUUAACAGAACGCUCCAGUUUAAUGAGACAACUUAGAGGAUUCCUUGAAAGAAAAUUUAGUCACAUUGAGCAGUGGUGAAUUCCUUUCACCACUAAUCCCUACAUUGAUCUAAAGAUUUUUUUUCCUGUCUAAAAAUACAUUUCAUGAGGAACAUAUCAUGAAUGACCAUAGAUUUUUUUUUUUUCCCCCUCUCAGUAAAUUAGAAAUAAUGGAAUCUUUACUGGCCUGCUUUAGAAAAGCAAUUUAAUGAUUUAGUAGUCUGAUCUUUUUAAGCUUUCCUAUAUCAUAUUCUGGAGGGAACCAAAAUCAUGUUUAAUAGAUUAAAGUAACAUUUUAAAUGCAGUCUUUCAAAAGAUUUAUAAUAAGAUAUCAAUGAAGAACUUAUAUGGAUAUCUGUUUAACAUUUUCCCUUCUACAGUGAGUUAAGAAAGAAAACACAAAACCUCCAAGAAUAGUUAUGUCUCUUUGUAGGUCAGACAGGGAUCCUUUUCUUUUUUGUUCACCAGCUCUUAGUUUUGAUUAGCGUUCCCCUCUGCACUGUAAUAUAGAGCUAAUAAAAGACGUGGCAUUUCAGGGAGAGAGAGUAAAUUUGGAAUGACUUUAUUUACCCUGUGUUCUCAAAUAUCUGAAAUGUUUGGGUAAUUUAAAGAACAGAUCUAAAAAGAUCUUUGAGUAAUCUAAAGUUUUGUCUGCAAAAUAGUCUUCUU